GGUAAAUUUUGGUCGACGUCAUCGUUAUCGAUGGCGGACAUUUUUCCUUGGGCAUUUUGACGUUUAACUCCCGGUUCAGUCAUAUUUCGUGAUAAAAAUAAUUGUACUUCUUUGUUUAAUUCAUCAUGGAUGAAGAAUACGAUGCGAUUGUGUUGGGCACUGGCCUCAAGGAAUGCAUUCUAAGUGGAAUGCUCUCCGUCUCUGGAAAGAAGGUACUGCACAUUGAUCGUAAUAAGUACUACGGAGGAGAAUCUGCGUCAAUUACCCCGUUAGAAGAAUUGUUCGCAAAGUUCAAUGCACCGGCGCCCGAUGAAUCUUACGGUCGAGGCCGUGACUGGAACGUGGAUUUAAUACCAAAGUUUUUGAUGGCAAAUGGCCUUCUUGUGAAAUUGCUUAUCCAUACGGGCGUUACCCGUUAUCUUGAAUUUAAAUCUGUGGAGGGCAGCUAUGUCUAUAAAGGUGGUAGGAUCUCAAAAGUCCCCGUGGACCAGAAAGAAGCUCUGGCUUCCGACCUUAUGGGCAUGUUUGAGAAGCGGCGGUUCCGUAAUUUCCUAAUUUAUGUCCAAGACUUCCAAGAAGAGGAUGCUAAAACCUGGAAAGACUUCGACCCAAGUACCGCGAAUAUGCAAUCGCUGUAUGAAAAGUUUGGUCUGGAUAGAAACACUCAAGAUUUCACUGGACAUGCUUUAGCUCUUUACCUGGAUGACAGCUACCUGCAGCAACCAGCUAUCCAAACCAUCCGGCGCAUCAAGCUGUACUCUGACUCUCUGGCUCGUUAUGGCAAGUCUCCAUACUUGUAUCCUAUGUAUGGGCUUGGUGAGCUCCCGCAAGGCUUCGCUCGACUUUCUGCUAUAUAUGGUGGCACCUACAUGUUGGACAAGCCGAUUGAUGAUAUAGUAGUGGAUGAGACAGGGAAAGUUGUUGGCGUACGCUCUGGUAAUGAGAUAGCAAAGUGCAAACAGGUGUACUGUGACCCCAGCUAUGUCCCUGACCGUGUACGUAAGAAGGGUAAAGUGAUUAGAUGCAUUUGCUUACUAGAUCAUCCUAUUUCCAACACAAAGGAUGCCCUUUCAACACAGAUCAUCAUACCUCAGAAGCAGGUAGGCAGGAAUUCUGACAUUUAUGUGUCAGUGGUGUCCUACACACACCAAGUGGCUGCUAAGGGCUGGUUCAUAGCCAUGGUUUCCACCACUGUUGAAACUAAUGACCCUGAGACAGAGAUCAAACCAGGCCUCGAUUUGUUGGGUUCUUUAAGGCAGAAGUUUGUCUCCGUAACUGAUUACUAUGAACCGAUUGAUGAUGGAAGUCAGAGCCAGAUCUUCAUAUCUGAAUCUUAUGAUGCUACAACUCAUUUCGAGACUACAUGCCUAGAUGUCCUAAAAAUUUAUAAGCGUGGAACAAAUGAAGAUUUUGACUUCUCCAAGGUGAAGGUGGAGUUGGGAGAAGAAGAACAGUGAACAUGAUGCCCCUCAUUAUUAUAUAUGUACAUUGCUUGUUAAUUUUAAAUAUUACAAACUUACUGUUCUGGAAUUAAUAAUGUUUUAGGGAUUCUGGGUAAAGAUUUAUAAGAGCUUAGAUGUAUUGGCAGUAGAUGUAAUUGUAUAUGUGCAAAUGCUCCUCGGAGUUUUAAUAUUUCUUUUGUAUUACCAAAAAAUAUGUAUGUCAAAAAAGUUAAGAUUAUUAUUUAAAGGAAAUUAUGCUUUUAUUAUUUUUAAGUAUACUGCGCUAUGAGAUGAUCUGCACAAGAGCUAGGUUCUUUUGUAUGGAAAAAGACAUGCAUUCCAUUUGGUACAUUAUUAGAUCCUGUAACCAUAUCAUAUUUGUAAUAAAUGUCAAAUUUAAUUGAAUGCUCACUACAUGUGUAUGUUUUGUGUAAGAUCAUGAAUAAAGUUACAAUAUAAUAAUAAA